AUGACUGCACAUCUCGACGUCGUGCGGGCCUGGCGAGACGACGCGACAGCUCAACCGCCCGCCCUCGAGCUUGAUAACCGCGGCCGCAAGCGACACCGGAGCCUUACUCGGUGCGACGCGGCAGCCAAGUGCGGCACAUCUGGCGAAUCGAGCACGUUGCGCGGACGACCCCGACGGCGCUCGACGUCGCCGUACGGGGCUGCAUCUCGCACCACGUCGCGCAGCGCGAUGGACGGCUCGGCCUCGCCGGCGAGAAAACGGUUGCUUCGCGUCGUGGUCCUCGACCGUCGAAGAAGCCAGAGCCCCUCGCGGUCCCGGUCGCCGAACCGGCGGCAGCAGAACGCGGCGCGGCGGAGACAGCGGACCAGGAGUCGGAGCCGGAGCCACGACGAGAAAUCGUACCGACCAGUGGAGCAGGGGGGAUGGUUGAGACAGGACGUCCUACGCAAGCAACAGGCCGCCCAGAAGCCUGUGCAUGGCAACGGGCAUGGACAUGGGCAUGGUGGCUGA